CUUUUUGAAAAUGUAACUCCAUGAGAUAGACCAUAGAGUUUGAUGUGCAAAGACUUCAAAUGGGAUUGGCUCAAUGCGUGAGUGGUAUGACAAAUUGUUAUGACAAAUGGUUGUGCAAUGUAUUUCAUAUAAAGUGUUGCCUAGAGUAAUUACAGUUCACUCAGAACAAAAGUGAAAUCACAUCUCCUAAUGACUGUGUACAAAAUCAACACAUUUCUAUCUUUUGUAUCCUGUAAAUGAGUAUAAUGAGCGAGUGGAUGUUAUCAUCAGUUUUAUUCUCAUCUUUCUAAUCACCUGGCACCACCAUGAGACAAGAGUUUUAUUCCACCCACACAUCUGGACAGUAUUUUGGACAAGGUUCAGUCAUUACACAAUACAGGGUUGCACAAUGAAAUGCAGUUGUGGCCCCCUCCGCACUACACACACAGAAAUUGUAUUAACAGAUACUCAAAUAUAUAUUUUUAAAAUUUUGAAUAAAACAAUAAAAUACAAGAAAGUACAUAAAAGUAGCACUAAUUUUCUAAUGAGCAUUAAUCAAUGUUGCUUUUAAAGAAGCAGUAAGGAAAGGAAACUUAAUGGUUCUCUCCUCUCUCAGAGAGUCCUGAGCUUUCUUUCAGCUACUGGAAGCCUUUUAGUUGUUUGGAGUGUCCAGCUUAAUACUUACUUGGGUUCUGUUCACCCCCAAAGAUCUAGAAAACUUAGGAAGGAAAUUUCUCCACCCAACACUCUUAUUCAAGUUAAAUGUCCAAAAAUGUCAAGUAUAAAUUCUUGUUUCAAAAUGUGUUUUUUUUUUUUUUUUUUCCUUCCUCUGCUACAUAUUCUGCCUGGGCAGGGUUGUGUUGCUCUCUAAGUUUCAAUUUCCUGCUAAGUUUCUAUUCCUACUCAUUCAGUUUUUAUUGGUUUCUGUUCUCCUGUUGAGAAAGAGAGAAACAUAUCUUGUAACUCAGCCAACAUAAAAUAGUUUUGAUUUUCAGCUGACCCAAACAACAUGAAAUCACCUUUGGAACAGGUCCAUGUUUGCUUCAUAAAAUAAUCUCUUCAUUUUGGACAACCAAGCAUUUGAGGGCAGCACAAAGGAUCCUUUAUGUUUCAGUCAUAGGCUAAGCAGUAGUGACACAACAAUUUUACUGUUUGAGAUGUAUGGUAAAGAGUGAUGACAGUUUCUGGUCAAAAUGAGUAUCUUGCUGCUGCUUGCCUCAUGUAUUCAUCAUUAGAUGUUCAUGAAAUGAGCCUUUCUACAACACUUUUUACUGCCGUCUAUAGGCAUGUCAUAAAAGUGACCCAGGUGCUUCUUCAUGAGAGUGACAUGUUAAACUGCUAUCAGAUUAAUGUAAAGAGACAGAGCAAGAUUGAUACCUGAUCAACAAUGAUACAAGUGCUCUAGUGUUGUGCUGCACAUGGAACAUCUAUGAAAAAUGGAAAGCAGCUCCACAGAAAUGGGAUGGCAGGAACUGCCUUAUGACAGAUGGACAGAAUCUCAUGUGAGCUCCUGGUUGAGAGGUAUUGGAAUAAAAGAGAACUACAUAAUAAAACUGUCAGAGGAGGAAGUGACAGGGCCAGUUCUCACAACUCUACAGAGGGAAUUCCUCAGCACAACAAUUGGAAUGAAAGGUGGCCAAAUUGAACACCUACUCAAGAAAAGAGAUCAGCUUCUAAAGUCCGAACCAAACAAACUGAAAAAAGGAAAAGAUUUAAGUGGUAAAAGUAAAUAUGACAUAAAAGAGGACUUGUUAAUUCCAGGACAAGAACCAAACCCCUCUUCACAAAAACCUUGUGAAAGAGCAGAAAGAGAGAAUAUUCCUACAGAGUGCAGUGACAGCUCAACUUCUACAGGAGUAACUUCAUCUUUCUGUGACUAUCAGAAAUUUGACCAGCGUGAACCAAGCUGCAGAUAUGUCAAACACAAUGUGCUUCCACCAGAGACAGGGAUUGAUAACAUGAUUGUUCCAUGUCAUGAAUAUAAGUCACUGGAGAUUGCCCACAAAUUAGAGUCAAAAAAGCUACAAACAAAAGUAGCAAGUGAGGUGUUAAGAUUUGCAUGUGCAUGCAUGAAUAUGCGAACCAAUGGCACAAUUCAUUUUGGGAUUAUGGACAAAUUAAGAGGCAAACACCAGCAUGGUGAAAUUAUAGGAAUACCUGUCAGGAAUCAAGAUUUUGUGGAUGCGUUAGACUACAUUGAAAAAUGCUUCAAAGGAUCAAAUCAACAAUCUGAUGCCAGGAAUUGCAUAAGGAACCCCCGAUUCAUUGAGGUCUUUGACAAGGAAACUACUGAGAAAACAUGGGUCAUUGAAUAUGAUGUUGUCCCAAAAGCAAGCAUUGUAAAAGAUAAGCUUUACUAUGUUGGUGUCCCAAAAUUCUCUGAGAAGGACAACAAAGUAAAAUGUGAAGAGAAAGUUCCCUAUCACAGAGUGGGAGCUAACACACCCCGUAUACCUGAAGAUGACCUUGUUCAAUUCAUCCAACAACUGAGAGAGAAAGACCAACAGAGAGAGGAGGCAGAAUCUUCAAGCAAUCAAACAGCUGUUGACUCUAAAGCGGAUCAAAAGAGGAAACUCUCCAUCCUCUUAACAUGUGGAAAAACACACAUGGACAACUCUCUGUUUUACAUCAUUGUGACAAACAGAUUUCACCCAGAGCAUCUUGACAGCAUAGGCUUCUUGGUUCACAUGAAUCUUUUCUGUGUGUUUGAUUUUGACCCUGAUUCAAAGGAAUCAGGUCUCUGUGGUAGAUAUAAGGAGCAGAAGGCUGUAAACCUUCACUUUCUUGAUGACUAUGCAAUCAAUGAUGGCUUAAAAACUGUUGACAUCAUACAUUCUUUGCAGCUUUUUGAGAGAACAAGCUGGAUUUUCUGCAAUGGAAGAAACAACUUCCCUGGCGGAGAACAAACCUGCGAUGAAAAAACCUGGAUCAAAACAAGAAAAAAGAAACUGAAAAAAACAGUGUCGCUCAUCUGCAAUGAUAUCCUUCCAAGGCGUUCAUUUGUAGUCCUCUUCCUGCUCAUGUCUGAUGUUGAGCAGCCUCUUGUUGAGACAUUCCAUGAAUUCUAUGCAGAGAUGAAUGGACAUGAUUUUUUGGCAGUCAUAUCAGAGUCAAAGGAAAACUACAAAAAGUGGUCAAAUCUUGCAGAAAUGUCUUGUCACAAGUCUACACUUAAAGAGAUCAGCAUUGUUGAAAUGCCACUGAGUCGUGUGGAUGCCACAGUUCAAAGCAUUCAGCUCUCAAAGAAUCAACUCACAAGGACAUUACCCGUCUUAAAUGGCGGACGAUGCUUCUUAAAGUCAGUUGCAGAGGCCAUGCUAGAUUCUUUGGAAAUCAUCAGUGUUGACCAGUGUGAUGAUACAAAACUGGAGAUCAUGAGCGAGGAUGAAAUCCAACAAAUUGAGAGCUACUUUUAUCGAGGCGGAAAGAUAGACUGGAUCAACUUCUGGCUUGCUGACAAACACAAGUGUGGGGAUAUCAUAAAGAGGGAUGCCUACCAAGAAGCAAACACAAUCCUGGACAACAUGGUACAUUGUAGUAACGUCAUUCGUUCAAUUGAGAGUGUGAACAUAUACCACCAACCUGGCAGUGGUGGAAGCACAGUGGCACGACAGGUCCUCUGGAGUUGGAGGACAAAAGUACGGUGUGCAGUUGUUAAACAGUGUAAAGAAAUCACAACUGUGUGUGAGCAUGCAGUGAAACUGAGGGAACAUGAUGAGAGAGACAAAAACAACUGUCUUCCAGUACUUCUGCUGCUAGAGGACCGCAAUGCAGAUGACAUACAUGAUCUCAGACGGGAGCUUGGAAAUGUCACAGCAACCAAAAAAAUAAGUCAGUCUGUGUUGUGCUUCAUCCUGCUCAUCUGCAACAGGUCAAAUGACCCAGAAAGAAUGUGCAGAGCAUCGCCAUCUCAAACAGUAGCAGUCACACAUAAGCUGACAACGGCAGAGAAGCCUCUGUUCACAAAAAAGCUUGAACAACUCAAACUGCAGUUUCAACCAGAUUUCAUCCUCACGUUUGUGCUGAUGAGUGAAGAGUUCAGUAAAAGUUACAUUAAGGACUUUGUGAAAAACCUUUUAGAUAACAUUGAUCAUUCAUCACUUAUCACUCGCCUCAUCAGAUUUGUGGCUCUCUUGAAUUGCUAUGUGGAAGAUUCAUACAUAUCGGUGUCACACUGUGAAGCAUCUCUCGGCAUAGCUACCCAUGUGGAAGGAGCUCAGUACCAUGCAUUUGUGGAUCAUCUCAGUGAUGAAGCUAGGCUUAUUUUCAUCCAUCUUAGAGAUGGUUCAACACACAUCUCAUCAAUACGGAUUAUUCAUCCACUAGUGGCAAAGGAAAUUCUGCGUCAGCUGUCUGCAAAUUUGCCUCAGUGUGAUAUUGCCAUGGAUCUCAUCAACGACAAGGUACUUAUCAAUCACAGGUUCGACAGAGAUGAGUUCCUGAAGUUCAUCAAAACUCUUUUCAUCAGACGCAACAAAAAGAGCAGAGGAGAUCCUGAAGACACAGCUUUUUCACCCCUUAUUGAGCAUGUCAGCAAAACCAGAGGUCAUGUUCAGAAAGCUGUUGAUCUCAUGAAAGCUGCUUACCUAGGUUUGGGAGAAGAUGCGUUCGUGGCACAACAGCUUGCCCGGCUGCUUUACACAAAUUUGAGAUUUGAAGAGGCCCUAGAAUGGGCAGAAAAAGCAAAAUCUCUUCUUCCAUAUGAUACAUUUGUCCUCGACACAUUGGGACAAGUUUACAAGUGGUGGUUUUAUCACUUGUAUGACACACUUGAGGAAAAAGAACCAUCACCAUCACCUGAAAGGGGAAUUGAAAUCAUACGCAUUGCACUCAAGGGAAUUUCUGCCUUCAGGGCCUCCGAAAAAGCAAAGAAGAAAGAGACCGCCAGCUUUAACAAUUCAUACUACGGAGAGGUAGAUGUUGGCUGCAGGCUGUUGAAAUUCCUGUCAGGUGUUGAUGUUUUUUCAAAUGAUACUGGAAAAUCAGAGUUGAUGCAGUACUUGUUAACAGACUACAUACCAGCAGAGGUUAAAAAACCCUGGCAGAUGUUUCAUCAGCAGUUGAAAGGAUUACAAAAGAGCUUGUACCACACACUUGAGUGCAUCUCUGAAGACCUCAGCUACUUUCAAACUGAUAUUAGUGAGGAGGAUGAAGAGCUUGAUGCAAGGGAUCCAGAACAAGUAUACAAUCCUAGAAAAUGGUUGACAAAAAAGAGUGCUGUAUAUGCUGGCUUUUUCUGCACUACACCAGAUGAGGGUGACCAAACAGCUGAAAGCGGCAGCACUGACAUUGCCAGUCCAGCUGAAAAACUUUCUCCAUUCCAAAGACAGAUGAAGACCUACAAGCUUGGUGGAGGAAAUGUUACUUCCAUCCUCUCAUUACUAUAUGACAGAGACCCACAGAGAGCUGGAAAAAAACUUGAGACAAUAAUCAGCAUGUACCCAGAAAACCUGACAUGGAAUUACCUUGACCAGACAGAACUUGCAAACUUCAUCUUUUGCCAAAUAGCUCUCAACUGUACUCUACCUGGGUCCUCAAAGCUCCUGUCUCUUCAAAAGCUUCAAGAACUCAGCAAGAGAUUUAUUACAAAGGGGAGAAACAUGUCAUCAGCAAGUGCUCUCUUCCUUCUCUCCCUUCUGUUUUGGCCUGAGACUAGCAAUGAACUCAGUUCUGCUGGUAGUCAGAUCCUCUCAUCAGCCAUUGAUGCACUUCAGAGAAUCUAUGAGCAAAAAAUUCAACAUGUGCGUCCAAGGAAAAGCAGAAUCGCGACCCACUUCUUUCUGGCAAAGGCAAAAGGUCUUAACAAGAUUGUCCACAAAGGUGCUAUUGAAAAGCAGAUUAAGGGCACUCUAAGUGAAAGAAAGCUGAAAUGGCUUGGAGGGGAGGUAUGGAAAACCAGGGAAGUUGUGCAGUCACUGAAACGUGUUGAAGGAUGGACAGAAAACGGAAACUUAUUUGUCAAAGGUACAACCAGAGACAGCAAAAUUAGGGUCUUUCCUCGAUUUUCUGCCUCCCUGCCAAAUGGAAAUGAAAGUGUCACCUUCUACUUAGGGUUCUCGUUUGAUGGAGUGGUUGCCUUUGACAUCCAAGUAAUGGAGUAAUUUCCAAUGCUCCCAAAUGCACCUCUCAAGAUCUGCAUAAAUCAGUGCUAAGCUACAAUAGCCCUUAGACUUAGAGCCACAAAGACUUUUGUAGGCCUUUCCUUGUUUCUAUAUGACAACUAUUUACAUGUGAAAUUAGUCUCUGCAUUUGCAUAGCAAACACAAGAAUAUCAUUUGAAUCAUACCUACCAUUUUGUAAUAUAUGUCAGGGUUGAAGUAAAUACAUUCAGAACAAUUUUGAAGAAUAGACAGUCAACAAAAUAUUUUUUUCUGACUAGCUAAACUAAAAUAUGGCUAGAAUCUUGCUAAUGGAAAUAUGAAAUAGUCAGAGUAAGAAACUCUGUAAACAGUUGUUGUUUUUUUACUUUUUAUAUACAGUAUGUACAUUUGGAAUUAUUUUGAACAUUACUAUAUUUUCAGUUUUAUACUUGUUUGUACUUUUUUAAUGAUCAGAGAAGUGUAAUUGAAUUGUACCAGUAAACAGAAAGUCUGCCUUGUGUUUGUGUAUAAUAAAAAGCUGACUUUCAUGGGGUAUGAUUCUCAAGAAACACGAAUUGUGGAUAUUGAGGUAUCAAAAAUGAUCAUGAAUGCAAGAGACAUAGUCUUUUUUAAAAAAGGGUCUAGACUUAAGAUGAUCUAAUGGAAAUAUUAAGGAACCAGAGUAAGAAGUGCUGUAACUAAUUCAUUAAAUCUUCUUUACACAGUAUGUACAUUUGGAAUAAUUUUUAACAUUACUAUAUUUUCAGUUUUAUGCUUUUUACUUUACUUUUUACUUUUAAAUGAUGAAGUGCAAUUGAAUUGUACCAGUAAACAGAGAGUCUGCCUUGUGUUUGUGUAUAAUAAAAAGCAGACAAUAUCAUGAUGAGAUUGCAAAUAUGAGAUUUUUGGAUAAAGGUCAGCAAGGCAAUACAGUUGUCCAGAACAUCUGACGUAUACUACCUGUAAACUAUGUUUCAUACACUGAAUCUCAUAAGCAUUUUGUGUUUUGUUGGGGUUUCUUUCUUAUAUGUGUGAUGAUAACAGCACUGCCUAUAAUAGUGGUCUAACGGUCUGUGCAAAAUAUUUCUAAAUAUCCAUUUUGUUAUAAGCACUGCUGUAUACACAAAGAUGUAUCCAGUGAUAAAGCUUUUACUUGGGUAUGAUUCUCAAGACACACGACUUAUGGAUAUUAAGGUAUCAAAAUGAUCAUGAAUGCAGGUUAAACAUUCUCUGUUCAAAUGAUUUUGAAAAAAAAGAUCAAGACAUAAAAUGAUCUAAUGGAAAUAUUAUAGACCAAGAAUAAGAAGUGCUGUAACUAGUUCAUGAAACCUUUUUCACACAGUAUGUACAUUUGGAAUCAGUUAGUCAUUUAUCAUUUUAAAUCAUUACUAUAUUUUCAGUUUUAGAUUUUUUUUGUACUUUAAAUGAUGAAGUGUAAAUUUAAUGGUACCAGUAAUUGAGAGUCUGUCCUGUGUUUGUGUAUAAUAAAAAGCAGACAAUAUCAUGACAAGAUUGUAAAUGAGAUUUUUUGAUAAAGGUAAUUUGAGACAAUACAGUUGUGCAGAACAUCUGACAUAUAUUUUCCUGUAAACAAUGUUUCAUACACUGAAUCUCACAAGCAUUUUGUUUUUUGUUGAUUUUCUGUCUAAUAAAUCUGAUCAUCAAACUCUCAUCCCUCAGUUUAGUUUGUUUUUUAAAAUAGCCUCAUAUUUCAAUAACAUCUAGAUAUCUAGGAUCAGUGUGAAGCUAUUUAAUUAAAAUGGAGCCUCUUGAUGUUCUCAC